CCUGAAAUUUACAACCCCCCCCAACCACACACACACACACACACACUGUCAUAGCACCUUCUCUCAACUUCUCACCUGUUGUUUCUCCCACCUGUUGUGUCCCUUCCUUCCCUACCCUCAGGCCCUCUAAGCCCCUCCCAUUGCUUCUCGUCCCUUCCCGUCCCCGCCUAACCUUGCGUCGCCCGCCUCGCCCGUCGCACAGCCUCCCUCAUGGCCAUGUACCGACUGAGUGCGCUGCGUCGCCAACUGGACAGCAAGACUAAUCAGUAUCCAUUGCGAGAGCGCGAGAAACUCAUGGGGCAGGAGUCUAGCACAAGUCGCUCCAGGGUUUACGGGGACUAUUCCUCGAGGACCCGCCGGCAGGAUGAGGAGGACGUGCUACAUAGGUACUCCUCCCGCAGCAGGACCCUUCCCAUCCCUCCCCAGCGCGACUCCGGGUGUGAAAGUUCAGGGAAGAACAAGACCCCCACCACCCCCACUGACACCGGGGAGGGCAAGUACAGACCCAUUAACGGCGCCCAGUCCCCGUCUCAGGCCCCGACCAGCCCCAUCUCGCCCGCUCCGAACGUGACGCCCUCCUUCCAGCCGCCCGCAGCCCCCCAGCCCGGCGGUGGAGGUGGCGGAGGUGGCGGGGUCUCCCUAACACACACGGCGCCCUCGCAGAAGGAGGUGGGCCGUAAGAGUAAGGAGCUGGUGGUGGUGGCUGGCGGGAAAGACUCUCGCAGCUCCAGCAGGGACACAGCAAGCCUCAGCCCGGAGCCUUCAGGUCCUACACGUGCCCCUAAACUCUCCUCCUCCAACCCCAUCAUGCCGCGCACCGAGAAGCCAUUUGACAUCAAAGAAUUCCUCGAGAAGGCAAAAGAGGAGUUCGAGGAGAAAUGGAAAAGUCCUGCAAAGAACACUGCGUGCCUGGAUGACUUCGAGCGACUCAAGACGCUGGGCACUGGCUCCUUCGGGCGGGUGAUGCUUGUCCAACAUAAGGCCACCAAGGAGUAUUAUGCCAUGAAGAUACUCGACAAGCAGAAGGUGGUAAAGUUGAAACAAGUGGAACACACACUCAAUGAGAAACGAAUAUUGCAGGCCAUCACCUUCCCCUUCCUCGUCAGCCUAGAGUUCCACUUCAAGGACAACACCAAUUUAUACAUGGUGCUUGAGUAUGUGCCGGGGGGGGAGAUGUUUUCCCACUUGCGACGCCUGGGAAGAUUUAGUGAACCACACUCACGGUUUUAUGCUGCCCAGAUUGUGCUAGCAUUUGAAUACCUCCACUACCUUGAUCUUAUAUACAGAGAUCUAAAGCCAGAGAACCUCUUAAUAGACAGCCAAGGAUACCUCAAGGUAACUGACUUUGGAUUUGCUAAGAGAGUCAAGGGCCGGACGUGGACAUUAUGUGGAACGCCAGAGUACCUCGCCCCCGAGAUCAUUCUCUCAAAGGGCUACAACAAGGCCGUGGACUGGUGGGCCCUGGGAGUGCUGGUCUAUGAGAUGGCUGCUGGCUACCCUCCAUUCUUCGCCGACCAGCCUAUCCAGAUAUACGAAAAAAUUGUAUCAGGAAAGGUGCGGUUCCCCGGUCACUUCUCGUCCGACCUGAAGGACCUGUUGAGGAACCUGCUGCAGGUGGACCUGACCAAGCGGUACGGCAACCUGAAGAAUGGCGUCAAUGAUAUCAAGAAUCACAAGUGGUUCGCCACAACAGACUGGAUUGCUGUCUAUCAGAGGAAGGUUGAGGCGCCAUUUAUUCCAAAAUGCAAAGGACCUGGGGACACAAGUAACUUUGAUGACUACGAGGAGGAGGCUCUCCGCAUCUCCUCUACGGAAAAAUGUGCCAAGGAGUUUGCAGAGUUCUAGAGGCCUUUUGCAAUGUCUAGAGGCUAAGCUAACUCCCUGUGUAUGUGUACAAGUUUAGUACUCCCCUCCAAAGACCCCAGUGCAUGUGCAUUGCUGUAUACCUAAGGCUGUGUGCUCACCACCAUGUGUACCAUGCAGUCAGGCCUCAGGCAGGCAGUGGGCGAAGCAAAUGCAGCAGGUGCUCAGAGUUGGGAGAUGCUGUUGUGUACUUGGUGACUCACACAUGAGCAGACAGUGCCAGAGCCCAGGCUGUGAUGGCAUGAGUGCCAAGGAUCAGUAUGGUGAUUAAUUGAAGGUGCCACUCAAGAUAGGUGUCUCUAAUGUUACUUGAAGUCAUCUUGAUGGAAUGCAGUAAUGAAGCCAUCACUCCACUCUUGGCUGAGGAGAAACACCUGACACUCUUACAUUCUUAAUCUGUUAACAGUUUUCAUGGAAGAUGACCAAAAGUAACAUUAGACAUUUAUUUAUCUGUAUGUAAAAAGUGCUGCCUCAGGAAAAUGCCAGACUGAGUAUGUCAAGCAAAGAUGGAGUGAUGAAAUGGCAAUGCUGCAAUGAUGGGAGGAAGUGCCAUUUUUAGCAAAUAAGGUGGCAUGUUGGAUGAGACGUGCCACUGCUAGCCAGCCACUUGGGGUCCAGGAGCUAACCUAGUCAUGUGGUGAGUGGGGUUGACAAACAUAUUGGGAAGAAAGCCAUUACAAGGGAGACACAGCGGCGACGUGGAGGCGAGGCGGCGCAGGCCAGGAAGACUUGCCCGCCUAUCUCUGUGGAGAGAGAAAGUUCUGUUGCAGUUGCGUGUGACGGGUAGAGAGAUUUUUUUCUUAUCUUAUGGACUGAAUAACCAAUGCAAUAGCAACAGAGAGUUAACAACCAAUAUUGACAUUUUGUAAUCAAGGAGGAAAACAACAAAAAAAAAGGGAUUCAGAAGAUCAUUGGUGAAGAUGUGAUCCUGUGAAUGUAAGCAGAAAAGAUGAAGGACUGUAGGUAUAUUAGUGAAAUCAAAACAUAUCCUUGAUCAUUAAUGUUAAGAUUGGUGAGCCUGAAGGAGCGUCGGCAGCAGGAGCAGUCCCCAGCACAGGCCAGCACUUCCACCAGUCCCCCGGAGUCUCCCUAUUGGCCAUCAUUUUAAUCGACUUCAGCUUUGUUUACUAUGCAUGGUCAAUGCCCCAGAUUAACUAUGCCAAAAUGCAGCCAACUCUCAUCACACGUUGUAGAUUACAUAGUACACUUUAUGGGUUCACAGAGUUUUAUGAUUUAAUACAAGAAUGACAAAAGGAUAGAUUUCCCCAAGUUGCAUGUAUGUAGGUAUGUAUCAAAGUUAAUAACAAAAAAAAAGUCCAUGUGUGCAAAGUUGUAGGAUACAUAUAUGUUGGAUUAGUGUUUCUAUGCGAUUCACAUUGAUGUGAUAAAUCAGAAUGAUGUGUGAUGGCUUCUUUUCAUCUAUUUUCAAAAUGAAGACUAGAUAUGUAUAAAUUAGAGUUUAUCAACUAAUCCUUUUUUGUUUUUAGCAGCCGUUGGGAAAAUAUAGUUAUAAAUUACAAAUUUCCAAGAGCAAAUAUUUUUCUCCUCUUUUUGAAAUCUUGAAAUAUUGUAUAUUGUACGACUCUGUGAGUCUCAAAGCACAGUGUAAAAGUUAAUGUUUUUUUUCUUUGAGUUUUAGGAACCUAUUAUUAUAAACAUUAUUGUUAUUAUUAUUAUUAUUAUUAUUAUUAUUAUUAUUAUUAUUAUUAUUAUUAUUAUUAUUAUUAUUAAAGGCCUUGAGCUGAAGUAGAAAGCCUCUUAACAGGGGAAUUACACAAAUUUAUUCUUCACAAGCAUCCUUUUUUUGUGCAAUAUUUUAUAAUAAAAAAAACGAUGCCCUGUAUCAAUGUACGUACUUUGCAGUGUUACAAGGAUAUGCAGCUCCAAGGUUUAUUGUCUUUAUACAUAAUAAUAACAUGUAUAUAUAAACAGCAGAUCAUGAUAUGCCAUGUACAUCCCGCUGACCUCAGCCCACAGUGUCAGGGAAGAUCUGAUGUGAGUUGGAAUGUCCAGUCUUACGGCAAUAUUUAAUCACAUAUAACGUUCUGGACUGUCAGUUAUUGCCAGGUAGUGUUGGGUGAGCAGGUGUGUGCAGGUGUGCGGGUGGCUAGAGUGCAGUGCAAGACAAGUGACUUUUUGUUGGGGUAGAUUUAAUGUUACGUACUGUUCAUAUUUCUCUCUGUAUAUAAUAAAAUUAAUUUUGACUUCUGAAAUUGGAUGUAUGAAUUUUUUUUUUUUUCUUUUCUUUCUUCUUCUCUUCUCUCUUCUUUCUUCUCUUCUCUUCUCUUCUCUUCUCUUCUCUUCUCUUCUCUUCUCUUCUCUUCUCUUCUCUUCUCUCUCUCUCUCUCUCUCUCUCUCUCUCUCUCUCUCUCUCUCUCUCUCUCUCUCUCUCUCUCUCUCUCUCUCUCUCUCUCUCUCUCUCUCAUUUAAUCAGAGAUUCUUACUUGUUGAACCUGCUGAAAAAGUUUGCUCUGUAUCACGAUGAUGGCUCUGUACUUUGAUUUGUGCAUGUGAUGAAAAUUGAUACUGCUCAAUGGUGAACUAUUUUGAUGUGUUGAUGUUCUGAAAAAGAUUUUGCCUGCAUUUGUUUACUAAUUUUAUUGUGAAUAGUUUGUCUCCUGUGAACUUUAGCAAAAUGGAAAACAAAGAAUGGUAUUAAAAGGGAAAUUCUUUGAUAUUGUGAGUCUUUUAGCAAAGGUUUUCAUACACACUUUUACCGCCUGCGACUCUCGGCCCCACGGCAGGCAUGUUAGCUAUACUGUAUAGCUUUGUAUAGGAAUUUUUUUAAUAAGAAAACAAGUUAGAGGUUGGUUUCAGUAUUUUAUUUAUUAUAGACUGUUUGUUUGUAGGUAUCGGGAAAUAUGUAAUAUUUGAUGUUUGAAAUAUAUUUUAAACCAUGUAAUUGCUAAACUUAUAAAUUUGUUGAAUUUGAAAAUGCAAACUAUUGUUUCAUUAAGAGUUGCUGAUUACCAGUACAUUAUGAGUGUUUUAUACAGUAAUACCUGGUGCUCUGUAUUACUCUUUGUAAGGAGUUCAUUUGUAUAUCCCGUGCAUAGAGCGGCUUGACAGAGCCUUGCAGGAGCACUGAGGACAGGUACCCUGGCGGUGGUGGGCGGUGGGGCCCGUGUGUCCAGCAUUACUGACUGUUGCAUCCCAGGUAGACUAGAUCUAGUACCAUAAUGCCACCUCUAAAUUUUAACAAUCCUCUGAGCUGUUGUGGGUAAUAAAUUGAGUCAUGUUUUCCACUGUUAGAAUAGCAACUCUGUAGCCAAAUGUUGUUGCUAGUCUUCGGAUUUUCAUAUAUGAUCCCCUGAAAUAACUUAGGCCAUUUGAAAAUACUGUAUGUAUAAAUGUAGAAUAUACUGAGUUGAUACAAACCAUAACCAAAACAAACAUCAAAGCCAAGAUGAGGGAAAAAAACAUGCAUGAAGAAUUUGGUCAAAAGAAGAAUGGGAGUAAGCACAAAGAUGUUCCCAAGAAGACAGUCAGAGUGAAUACUGCUGGAGACCUUUUACUGUGCUGCUUUACUAACAUUAGGUGGACUCCUGGAGGUUCCACUGUCCUGCUAAAGCUUGUAUGUCCGUCUGAUCCUCUCCGGGUCAGCCACUGCCAGUUCCGUGUGGUCCCGAGCCUCUCUGGACCUCCUGUAUUAUGCCAUAGGUCUUUAAUUGUUCUUUUCCUGCUUCUUUGUACAAGGCGGUUUCCUUUCAAAAUUGUUUCCCAGGACAUCCGUUGUCUUUUACAUAACUUAUUGCAGUAAUUUAUUUUGUUACUCGUGCUUUUCUGGAUGAUUUUUAUUUUCUUUUAAUUGAUUCAGCUGGGUUAGUUACUGUACACAAUGAGAAAAGAUAAAUCUACCUAUUUCCUACUUAUAUAUCAUAGCUAAGACAGUUACAUAUAGCCAGUGUUAAGCCUUCAUCACGACCGGCAGCAGCGGAACCUUCCCUGAGUGAGAGCGGCGGGGAGCUGCAGCGCCCGACCCGAGCACUACAUACAUUCCGCACAUUGAGCCAGAACAACGCGGGCAUGUGAAUUUUGUUUUAUAUUAUCUUUCCUGUGGUCUUUUCCAUGAAUCACCUGUAGGUCAUUAAGUCAUUCAUAACCUAACUUAAUUGAAGUUUGCAACAUACGUAUGUGAACGAUUUGUAGAUAUUUUGAGACAUUUUAACCAAAUUGUGAUAGGCUGACUAAUUUUUUGGGCUUCUGAUUAAAUUAGUUUGUAAGAUAAAGAAUAACCUUUAUUAAUGUAAGUAACCACUUUUUGCCAUUAAAGUUGAAAAUAUUCAGUGUAAGAUUUGCAUUUGCCCAAAGAAGCCUGUCCACCGUGGCAAGACGGCAUUGUGCGGUGGUCACUGUAAAAAGAGUAGAUUUUUGGGCAAAUAAAACAGUCUGAAGUGCGUUAGUGGGUUUCUUGAUGUUGAUUGUAUAAAAAAAAUCCUCCAUUCUCAAGAGAGCCUCCCGUGCAGGGCCCCAAGAAAAACCACACUGAUGUUUUUCAUGUAAGGACCAACUGACGUGUGAUGUGUGAUUUUAGCAUUGAUUCAUCCCCCCCUCCCCUAAUAAUUGUUACUAUAUAUAUGAUAUACAUCUCAGAACUGCUAGUAUCUAUUUUUCUUAAUCUCUAACGUGCAUUAGUGUGUCUGCGUGUGCAUAUGGCCCUAGGAAUUUGUAUGGUCAGUGUGGCCGGUCCCUGCAUGGGAAGCUUGAGCCAGACUAUAUCCCCCUUGAGUAUUUAAUCUAUGUUCAGUGUUCAUAGUCCAAUUGCAUUGAGUUCAUAUUUUGUGAUUUGUAGUUGCCAAUUUUGAAUAAGACGUUAAUAAAUGAAACAUGUACUA